AUGUGUUAUGUCUUCUCUCUUGGAUUUACAUUUCUGAUAGUGUUCGGGGAAUUCGAGGCAGUCGAUAUCAUGUGGCUGUGCACAUUACUGGGAUUUCUUCUCCACAAUUUUGCUCUCAGCCAUUCUACGGGGUCAUCUGUGAUUGCAAUCAAUCUGUUGAGAUCAUUUGUCAUUGUUUCAACGACGUCACCACGACCAGUGACAAUAAGUCGAAUAAAAACAAUAAAGCAAAUAGUACUCUACAACAUUAUUGGAUGGGGCAUUCCACCUCUUAUUUUUGUCACGUGUCUUGUGUUGGAUAAGGGCACCAAUAUAAACAUUGAUUAUGCUACGGAAAAACUUUGUUAUUUGCAAGAAAAAGUGGCUGUCCUAGUUGGCUUUAUCAUACCUGUCUGCAUCAUAGUGCUCUUCAACUUGGUGACGUUUAUUGUUCUGGUGGUGAGCAUCCACAGAACCAUAAAGGCAACAAAAAUGUCCACCUCCAAUAGCUGUGACUCAAACACAAAAAGGAAACUGCGCAAUUAUGCUGGAAUAUUUUCUUUGUUGGGGCUCACAUGA